AUGUAUUUUCUUGCUUUUUUCUUUCUUUCUUUACCUUUUUGUUUUUUAACUAAUUCUUUCUUUCUUUCUUUCUUUCUUUCUUUUUUCUACUUCUAUUUCCUUUCCUCUCUUCCCUUUCCCUAUUUUUGUUUUUCUUUCUUUCUUUCUUUCUUUCUUUCUUUCUUUCUCUUUCUUUUCCUUUUUCUUUCUUUCUUUCUUUCUUUCUUUCUUUCUUUCUUUCUUUCUUUCUUCUACUUCUAUUUCCUUUCCUCUCUUCCCUUUCCCUAUUUUUGUUUUUCUUUCUUUCUUUCUUUCUUUCUUUCUUUUUUUCUUUCUUUCUUUCUUUCUUUCUUUCCCUCUCUUUCUUUUCCUUUUCUUUCUUUCUUUCUUUCUUUCUUUCUUUCUUUCUUUCUUUCUUUCUACUUCUAUUUCCUUUCCUCUCUUCCCUUUCCCUAUUUUUGUUUUUCUUUCUUUCUUUCUUUCUUUCUUUCUUUCUUUCUUUCUUUCUUUCUUUCUUUUGUUCAAGUUUUUCUUUUUUUUCUUUUGUUUCACUCCCUCCUUUUUUCUUUUAUUUUCUUCACUCCCCCUAUCCACUCCUCUCAUCCUGAAACUUCUUCCAAGCACUUAGCACCACUUUCCGCCAAGGAAAAGCGAACAUUUUCAAAAGUUGUUCCUCGACAAAUGCACUCCUCGAAAAACGCCCGUAACCAUGACGGCGACAGGGCCGCUUGCAAUGAAAAGCUAAAUCCAUAUCUUUUAAAUUCCUUUCAUUCUUUUAUCGCUGUGAAAACCGUCUGCUUCUUUCUUUCGUUUACUUUCGCCAUUUUUUCUUUGAUGUCUUUCUCUUUUAAACAACGCCAUUGGAUACACUUAUUUGUGUACACUUACCUUUUUAGUUUUCAUUCAAUUUAUAUUUUCUUUUUCAUUCAUUUAUUCUCUUAUUCAUUCAUCCAGUUUUCUUUUUUUUUUGUCUGUCAUUUACUUUUUUGUCUUUUGUUUUACGUUUCGUUUCUUUCUUCAUCAUUAUUUAUCUUUAUUUAUUGUUCGUCGGUUAUCGAUUCAUUAAAAGAAGUAUCCUCUCCAUUUUCAUUCAUUCUUUUCUUUCACCAAUAUUUAUUUAGUUUAUCUUUCUUUUACUAUACAAUAUUCUUUUAUUCUUUUUGUAUAUCUUUCUUUCUUUGCCUCAUUUAUUUCUAUUUUUCUUUCUCCGUUUUCUUUCCUUCUUAUUUCAUUUAUUGCGUUAAAAUCUUAGCAUUUUAUUUUUUCAUCUUUCUUCUUCACUUUCUUGUUUUAUUUUCAAUAUUUCUACCUCAUUCUUUCUUUCUUUCUUUUCUUUCAUUUUAUCUAUCUAUCUAUAUAUAUAUUGAUAAAUUGAUUUUCUUUCUUGUUUAUUCUGUCUUUCUAUCGAUAUUUCUAUUUUUCGUUGUUUUUUUCUUCCUUGUUUUAUUCAUUCAUUCGAUUUUUCUCGUUCUCUCUUUCUUCGUUUUCUUUCUUUCUUUUUUCUUUUAUCCAUUCCUUACUUCCUUCAAUCUUUCUCUCUCCAUUCGUUUUUUCUUUCUUUUUUCUUUUAUCCAUUCCUUACUUCCUUCAAUCUUUCUCUCUCCAUUCGUUUUUUCUUUCUUUUUUCUUUUAUCCAUUCCUUACUUACUUCAAUCUUUCUCUCUCUCUUCGUUUUCUUUCUUUCUUUUUUCUUUUAUCCAUUCCUUACUUCCUUCAAUCUUUCGCUCUCCUUUCGUUUUCUUUCUUUUUUCUUUUAUCCAUUUCUUACUUCCUUCAAUCUUUCUCUCUCCAUUCAUUUUCUUUCUUUCUUUUUUCAUUUAUCCAUUCCUUACUUACUUCAAUCUUUCGCUCUCCAUUCGUUUUUUCUUUCUUUUUUCUUUUAUCCAUUCCUUACUUCCUUCAAUCUUUCGCUCUCCUUUCGUUUUCUUUCUUUUUUCUUUUAUCCAUUCCUUACUUACUUCAAUCUUUCGCUCUCCAUUCGUUUUUUCUUUCUUUUUUCUUUUAUCCAUUCCUUACUUCCUUCAAUCUUUCUCUCUCCCUUCGUUUUCUUUCUUUCUUUUUUCUUUUAUCCAUUCCUUACUUCCUUCAAUCUUUCUCUCUCCCUUCGUUUUCUUUCUUUCUUUUUUCUUUUAUCCAUUCCUUACUUCCUUCAAUCUUUCUCUCUCCCUUCGUUUUCUUUCUUUUUUUUCUUUUAUCCAUUCCUUACUUCCUUCAAUCUUUUUCUCUCCUUCGUUUUCUUUCUUUCUUUUUUCUUUUAUCCAUUCCUUACUUCCUUCAAUCUUUCUCUCUCCUUCGUUUUCUUUCUUUCUUUUUCUUUUAUCCAUUCCUUACUUCCUUCAAUCUUUCUCUCUCCCUUCGUUUUCUUUCUUUCUUUUUUCUUUUAUCCAUUCCUUACUUCCUUCAAUCUUUCUCUCUCCCUUCGUUUUCUUUCUUUCUUUUUUCUUUUAUUCAUUCCUUACUUCCUUCAAUCUUUCUCUCUCCCUUCGUUUUCUUUCUUUCUUUUUUCUUUUAUCCAUUCCUUACUUCCUUCAAUCUUUCUCUCUCCCUUCGUUUUCUUUCUUUUCACUUGUGUCUCUCUCUUCUUUCUCUCCGUUCUUAAGAACCGUUGUUACUCAACAAUGA